ACACCCACGGCUUUGAUAUAAAAAGGCACAACGCAAGCCGAUGAGUUGCAAGAGACAUUUGUUGGACACAUCGAACUAGAGGUUUCCAGUCACCACCAUGAGCGUCAAGCAAAGUCAUCGUUUUUCAUCCGGGUCUGGCUGCUGUGCCGUUACCCACAGCCUACAUGGAGGCAGAGGCUUUGGAGGCCUCAGAGGUUCCUUCGGAGGGCACUGUGGUAUGGGAGGUGGCCUCGGUGGUAGAAGCGAAGGCCUUCUAAAUGUCGGCGAGAAAGAAACCAUGCAGCAACUGAAUGACCGCCUGGCCAACUAUCUAGGCAGAGUCCGCUCUUUGGAGGAGGAAAACGGCCAGUUUGAGAGGAGAAUUAGAGAAUGGUAUGACAAACAGGUUCCAUACAACUUCCCUGACUUCAACAACUUUUUCAGGACUAUUGAAGAACUUCAGAAUAAGAUUCUCCAUGCAUGUACAGGAAAUGCCAACUUAAUCCUGCAGAUUGAUAAUGCCAGACUCACCUCUGAUGAUUUUAGGAACAAAUUUGAAAGCGAAGCUGCUUUCCGCAUGGGGGUUGAGGGAGACAUGAAUGGCCUUCGUCGAGUCCUGGAGGAGCUUAACCUGGGCAACAAUGACCAAGAAAUACAGCGACAGAAUCUGAGUGAGGAGCUGACCUAUCUGAAGAAGAAUCAUGCUGAGGAAGUCGGCAGCCUGCGCACUCAGCUGGGAGCAAGAGUAAAUGUGGAAGUGAACGCUGCUCCUGCUGUGGAUCUAAACCAAGUUUUGGGUGAAAUAAGAGACCAAUAUGAAACCAUAGUGGAGAGGAACAGGAGGGAAGCCGAGAACUGGUUCCUGAACAAGAGUGAAGAGUUGAACCAGCAAAUGAACAGCAGCGCCGAUCAACUACAGACAGUCCACACUGAAGUCAUCCAAUUGAGAAAUACUGUCCAAGGCCUGGAGAUUGACCUGCAGUCUCAAAAUAGCAUGAGAUCAGCUCUGGAAGGCACCUUGGCAGAUACCGAAUCCCGUUACGGCGGUCAACUUUCCCAACUACAGUUCCUUAUCAAUAACGUGGAAACACAACUAGGAAGCCUUAGAUCAGAUCUGGAAAGACAAAACUUUGAGUAUAAGGCGCUCAUGGAUGUUAAGACACAUCUAGAAAUGGAGAUUGCAACAUACAGGCGCCUGCUUGAUGGAGAAGACAGACAACGAGGCUCAAGGCAAUCAGGCGAAGUUAGAGACAUGGGCUCAAACAGGUCAAGGACAGUGACCAUGGUGGAAGACAUUAAAGAAGGAUUCCGUAAAGCUUAAUGGCAAUAGAAACAGCAAGAUUGUACCCAGUUCUCUCGUAGUGUAACUCAAUGUAGGCGAUCAUUUCUCUUUCCUUGCAAAAGCAUUCAGCUAACCGACUUAUUAUUCUGUUGGUCGUCAGAAGUGGUGAAGGUGAAAGGGCUCAUUUAUCACACUUGGAAAAUCCCACAGAAUGCCCCUUGAUAUUAAUGCAUGCUAAGACCAUGCUCUGAACACCUACAUUCCCUUUGUAGCAUUUCUAAACUUGCUGAAUGGUUUUGCUCUUCUUUAUCUGCAUUGUUCCUCAGAUCUCUCAUAUCUUGAGAUUGUUCUGGUUUUCUUUUGAUGGAGAAGCUCUUUCCAAUUGCUCAAACCUGUACCUGUCACGUCUCUUAAUAAACCUGUCUUAUGCAUUGAAGGAA